CUACCAAGAGGAUGCCUGUGUCAAGUUCAUCAAGGAGAUGCUCAAAUGCUGUGAAAAGUGGAGAGAGAUGUCAGGCUGCUGCUCCGGAUUUCUGAAGGACGAAGCGUCGAAGAAGGCCAAAGGGGAACUUAAAAGCAAAACAUAGAAUCACCGCGUCCGUUCCUCGAUGUUUCACAUCACGUACAGUCCGACCGCCAGCUCCUAGAAUCCUGCUUACAUGAUGGUGCAACAGUCAAACAGCCGAUUCGCUGUCGGCAAGGUCAAGCUGUACCACCAUCUCUUCUUAGCGGGCCUCAUACGUGCGGUGCUCAUCGCUUUCGGCGAAUGGCAAGACCAGCACUUCCAUGUCAAGUACACGGACGUAGACUACCACGUGUUCACGGACGGCGCAUCGUACGUGGCCAACGGCCGGUCGCCCUUCUUGCGCGACACAUACCGCUACAGCCCCCUGCUGGCAGUGUUGCUUGUCCCCAAUAUCCUUCUCCACCCGUCCUUUGGAAAGGCCCUCUUCUCCGUGGCGGACGUGCUCGUGGGCUACUACCUGCACCACAUUGUGCGCACAGCGAGGUUCAGCGAACGCAAGGCCGUGCUCUGCACGUGCCUCUGGCUCUACAACCCGAUCACGCUGGCAGUGUCCACACGGGGAAACGCGGACUCUCUCCUCUCAGUCCUCGUGGUAUUCGCCCUGUUUGCCGUCCUCAAGAACAGGGACACAGUGGCUGGGCUUGCGUACGGACUCUCGGUGCACCUCAAGAUGUAUACGGCCGUCUAUGCGCUCCCAUUCUACCUCGCGCUCCAGACGCGGCCUUUGUCAGGAUCAACAAAAGGCGACUCCGAGACGCUGCGGUCCUACCUGUCUCGCCUCCUGCUGCCAAACCGGAGGAAGAUGCUCUUCGUCGGCGCCUGCGCUGCAUCCUGCCUGGUGCCGUCGCUUGGGUCUUACCUGGCUUAUGGUACGGAGUAUGUCCAGGAAGCGUUUGUGUACCACGUCACGAGGAAAGAUGUCCGGCACAACUUCUCACCGCUCUUCUAUUCGCUCUACCUCGCGGAGGAAGAGGGGAUGCCCAUGAGCACGGCAGCCGCGUUCCUGCCGCAGCUACUGCUCAUGGCCAUGGUGUCCUUCAAGUAUGGGCAGCUCAACGACCUUCCCUUCGCACUCUUCUGCGAGACGUUCGUCCUGGUCGGCUUCAACAAGGUGGUCACGUCGCAGUACUUCCUCUGGUACCUGUGCCUGCUGCCUGCGGCGCUGCCCAAGCUGAACCUGAGUCUCCGGAACGGCGUCCUGCUGCUGUUCAUGUGGCUCGGCGGGCAGGCACUGUGGCUUGCGGAGGCGUACUACCUCGAGUUUGCGGGCAAGCCGCUGUUUCUGCAUGUCUGGGUGGCCAGUCUCAUCUUUCUGGUGGCCAACACGUUUGUCCUCUGCUACAUGAUGACGUGUUACAGCGGGGCCACACAGAAGACAAAGAAGGCCAAGAACAAGUGAUGGUCAGGACCGGAGGUUGCGACGGGGUCCGUCUACAGUUUCUUGUCCUCUUGUACUGAUGUCGACUCUGGAGGACGAUCGCAUCCAUCUGUGCCAAGCAAAGCGCUAUUGAGGACUUCUCUGGGUCGCAUAUUCCACGACGUCGACAGACAUGUUGUCCUCUGGAGUUGCGCAAUUCAACAUUGGAGAAGAACAAGACCAUCGCAUGGCAAGUGCCAGAACUUGGGCUGAUGGACUGGUCGCAAGCGCCUUGCAGCCGUCACGUGCUGCAUUGCUGAAAGUCAGCAGCAUGCAAGGGGACUUCGUCAUCAACUUAAAACCUUAGAGGAAUUGUGAUCGAUUUUGCAGUGCUUGUGUGCGAUAGUGACUCAUCAUGGCCGAAUUGGUUCCGAUUUCCAAAUUCUGCUUUCGAGUUUGGCAAAAGAUUCAACAUUUGAAGAGCAGCUUGUGGAUAGGUACCAGGCUACUAGCCUCUUCAAGCAUUCUUGCAGUUACCGAUUUCAACAUCUGAUGGCUGCGUCGUGGGUAGUAUGGGCUGGCAGUUUUAUCUGAAUAACCAAUGAUUCUGAAGUCGCAUGAUGACAUUAGAGCCACUGCAGUGAACUUACACCUUCUAUUCCAGACAGGCCUUUAAUCAACGUCUGCCUGGGUACUGGCAAACACACACUUCAGGGUGGUUGCAACUUCAAAUUCCACUGUGAAAUUACUUUUUUCUUUUCAAGAAAAGCUUAGUGGAACUUCUUUAGAAAUUAGUUCUAGCAAAAAUCGAUGGCAAUCAACAAUUCCCACUGGUCCGGCCAAAAAAAGAAAUAUUUUUAAAGAUUCAUCAAAUUUGCUACAUAGCUAUGUAUAGUUUCACCCUAAACGUUUUUGCAACAAACUCUUUUGUGGAAAAAGGAACAGCACACUCUUGUUUGUCUUGCAUGACCUAGUCAAGUUGAUUGUGAUCUCUGUAGAGUAGCCGAGUGUUUGAGGUGUGGUAUAGCUACCCGAGGAAAAAAUAAAAAAAACUUCCAAACGAAGCAUUUCUCUGCAUUUCGCUUUGUCCGCAGAAAGUUGCUAAA